CAAAUCCUCAAUAGAUUCUAGGAUUAGUGAAUCUAGAAUCAUCCGCAAAAUUAAGAAAAUUGAUGACAAAUUGAUCAUGCAAUAGCAAUCACACUCUUCAUUCUCCACCAAUCCAAACCCAAACCAAAUCCAAAACAAUGCCCGUUUUCCAAACCCCAUUCAACGGUUACGCCGUCAAGUUCAGCCCUUUCUACGAGAACCGCAUCGCCGUCGCCACCGCACAGAACUUCGGAAUCCUCGGCAACGGCCGCCUCCAUGUCCUCGACCUUUCACCGGCGCCCAACCUCCCAAUCUCCGAGCUAAUCGCCUAUGACACCGCCGACGGCGUCUACGACAUCACCUGGUCCGAAUCACACGACUCCGUCGUGGUCGCAGCCGUCGCCGACGGCUCCGUCAAGCUCUACGACCUAGGCCUCCCACCCACCUCGAACCCCAUUCGCUCCUUUCACGAGCACACCCGAGAGGUUCACUCCGUCGACUACAACCCCGUUCGCCGUGACUCCUUCCUCUCUUCCUCAUGGGACGACACCGUCAAGCUCUGGACUUUGGAUCGCCCCACCAGCGUUCGAACCUUCAAGGAACACGCUUACUGCGUUUACUCCUCCGUUUGGAACCCUCGUCAUGCUGACGUCUUCGCUUCCGCUUCCGGGGACUGCACGGUUCGAAUCUGGGAUGUUCGUGAACCCGGUUCGACCAUGAUUAUUCCGGCUCAUGAGUUUGAGAUAUUGGCUUGUGAUUGGAACAAGUAUGAUGAAUGUCUUAUUGCCACCGCUUCUGUGGAUAAGUCUAUUAAGGUGUGGGAUGUUAGGAACUAUAGAGUUCCCAUUAGUGUGCUUAAUGGGCAUGGAUAUCCUGUCAGGAAGGUCAAGUUCUCGCCGCACGUGCGGAAUUUGAUGGUGUCUUGCUCUUAUGAUAUGACGGUUUGUGUUUGGGAUUUCAUGGUGGAGGAUGCGCUUGUGAGUAGGUAUGAUCAUCACACUGAGUUUGCUGUUGGGGUGGAUAUGAGUGUGCUUGUUGAGGGGCUUAUGGCUAGCACUGGAUGGGAUGAGCAUGUUUAUGUGUGGCAGCAUGGAACCGACCCCAGGGCACCUUAAAAGGGAAGAUUGUUCAUUGUUCAGAACUUUAAAUGGAACCUAAAAAGAAGAAUUGUUGGAACUUCCAGAAUGGGCAAGAAGCAAGAUGAAGUUAGAUUUUGUUCGUAAUAUUGGAGCUGAGUCACCCACAUGAUGAGUUUUGCCA